GAUGUUGAUUGGUGCGCACGUUCAGACGUUUUCUAUAUUGCCCAGAUUAAGUCAAUGACUUGAUCAGAUGAAAUAUUGUGGUUGCUACUACCCCAGUUAUCUUCAUCAUUUCAUUUCCUUCUUCCUCUUUGCUCUACUAAAUUUCAAAGUGUCUAAGAGAUUUAAUUAACUCGGAUAUGGCCUUGGGAUCUGCUGGUUCACAGCCACGUCUCUCGAGUGCUUCACGGCGUCGCAAAAGAUCUAACCAACAAAAUAUAGAAGAUUCAAAAGCUGGCAUCAAAUUUCUUGCGUGGGCUGUGAUAAUGGCAGCAACUGUGACAUUUGUUAUGGGUUUCACAUGUACAAAGCUUUACAUCAGUUCUGCUCCAGGUCCAGGUACCAAUCCGAAACUAUUGGACUAAACUUCAGUUCCAUAUUUCCGGAAGGCCUGACCCUGUGCCCACAACAUUUUGGUAUCAGAGCUCAAGCUCCUGACUAAGGUGAUAUCUAUCCUUGCAUUUCAUAUUUGCUUGCAUUUGUUUUGCAUUUAUAAAUCAAAAAAAAUCAGCAUUAGUUUGUUUUCCAUAUUUUCUUUUCAUUUGUGUUAAUUGUCAUUCAUUAUUGUUUCAUUUCUAGAUUUGCAUCAGAAAAUAAAAAUAAAAAGUUUUUAUUGCAUAGUUUAUUUCAUAUCGGUUCAUAUUUGCAUGAUUCUCGGUUUAGUGUAAAUUGCAUUUUGCAUUUGAUUUAUUUUGGUUAGACCAAAGCUUUCCAUACCUUCACUUGAUCUUUGAGAUUGUUUCAGGGAGCAAUGGAAGAGGAGAGACACGGCCAAAACCAAAGGGCCAAGCUGAGCCAACAUUUGACAGCUUUGCAAGAGGUUGAACAGAUUGCUCAGUUGAGGAAAAGAAGAAAGGCACAAGGCAAACGUCCACAGCCAGGAGAAAGAAGAUUUGGAGAUGCACCAGAGGCUGUCUAUGUCGAGCCCAAGCCACCAGAUCCUUCAAGGAUCAAUAAAAAUCCAAAUUCUAAAACCCCCAAACUUAAUGUUGUUAAUUCUCAUUUUGAUUAUAACUCUUUUGCUAAUAAAUUUGAACUCUUUAAAUUUUCAGGAAAAAGAGGUUAUCUUAGAUGGGAGAGGAACCUUGAUGAAUGGUUUCACUACAACAACAUCUUGAAGGAAGAAAGGCUAGCUUAUGCCAUUGAUCAUCUAAAAGGAGAUGCUUUUAAAUGGUGGGUUCAAGAAGUAGAUGAUAGAUGGUUUUACAAGGAGCCAACUAUCAAAACGUGGGGAGCACUUAAGAAAGCCAUGAGGUAUGAGUUUGCACCAGGUUAUACAAGAUCUCAUAUCAAGGAGCAGUACCCAAGGAGGUAUCCAACUCAUGGUUCCCAAGAAGCAAGAGAAGCUGUCCAAAAAGAGGGUCAAGGAAGCUUGCCUCAACAAACCAACUUUCAGCCAAACCAGGGGCACGCCAUUGUCCAUUGCUUAGGCCAGAAAAGUGACAUCCUAAAGGUUAUGGAGGUGAGUAAAAACGUCAGCCAAGACACCUUGAGCAGACCCAAAGAAGAGCUUAACAAACCAGUACUUCAAGCAAAGGCUAUGGUAAGUCUUAUACUUGAUAAAUUGGUUUAUAUAUCAUCUCCCACUGGUAUGAGUCACUUGUCUUUGUCCAAGGAUAUUAAGACAGGUCUUGAGGUCCAGAAAGACAUGACCCCCACACCCUUGUUGGAAUCAAGAGUUGUCCAUGAUUUAUUUCCAAGAAAAAUGGAGAUUCCAAACCAAAAGAAAGAAAAGGCAUCAACCCAAGGUAAGUCUUCUAACUUAAAAUUUUUAAAAGAUCAGACAUGUUAUAGAUGUCAUAAAAUAGGACACUUUGUUGUGACUUGCCCCACUAAGCAAGCAUUGAUACAAACAUCACUAGAAAAGAAAACAGAUUUAUCUAUAAAAAGUGAUAGUUUUAUUCAAUCUGAUUUAUUGGUUCAAAAUUCUGGUAUAAUGCACUUGUUUUUGCCAAGGAAUUUUGAUCCAGGAAUAACAAAAGAAAGAGAGCCUAGAGGAAGAGAUCUCACGUCCCUAGUAAGGCACACCAUCAACAUUACAUGUGCAAAACAGAAUGAAGGAGAAGCUGGCAACAAAGAGAAAAUCAUACUUCAACUUUUUGUUGCAAUCAAAGUAAGUAUGAAUUUUAAAUAUUCUGUUUUUAAAUCUUCAACCACAGAUAUAAUGCAUUUGUCUUUGCCAAGAAAUUAUUUUUCAGAUACAAGACAAGAAGGAUAUCACACCCAACAAGAUAAAAGGGUGCAAGAAAGGCAGCCAUCAAUCCAAAGCUGUCCAAAGAAGAAUUUAAUUCUUCAUCAUGCUGAUGCACCUAUGGUAAAUUCGACCAUAUCACAUUCUGUUUAUGAAACUCCAGUAUCAGAUAUAAUUCACUUUGUCUUUGUCCAGAAUGUUGAGAAUUUUUCAGGUUGCAAAGAAGAAAGCUUUAAAAGAAAUCCCACCGGAUAAUCUUUUAUUACUUGGAGAAUCAGUCCCAAAGAUGAUCAACCAUGAGGUUACCACUAGUGUGAAGUACCAUCAACUCCAGAAGAGAAGAAAUGACACUAUCCAGGCCAGAGGCGUGAUCAUUUCCCAUUUCUUUAAAGAAGAGCCACCAGAUGCACAAACCAUUACCAAACCAAAAUUGUAUCAAGAUAAGGUUCUAAACUCCCAAAAGAGAAUGAAACCUGACUUGCUCUAUUGUGGUGUAUCAGGUUAUCCAGUUUUGAGGUCAAAACCUUCACAAGGGGUAGGGGAUGAUGUGGUCAUCAAAACAGUAGCUGAACUGGAGGUCAACCAAACUAUCCAAUCCGGCCACUUUGGAGGUGCCAGCGACAGAGGUUCAGUCCAAGGCGAAUAUCUCAACAACCAGAAGGAUUUUUGUCAUGAAACAAAUUUUAGAAGAAGCCUAACUCAUCAAGGAAUUACUGAGGCAUGUAAAUUCAAGAAAAGAUUCUCGGAUCAGGAAGUUAUGAAUUUUACAAGUCAGCCCAUCUUCUCAGCACCCAAUGGGUCAGAUCCGCCACGUUUCGGUCCAUACAAGUCUAACCAUGAAGCGGCCUCGUCUGAAGCCAGUUAUUAUAUUAAGGAGAGCCUUUUAGGAGUCCAGAGCAAGAAGAACCAAGCCCAAAUCCCAAUCCAACCAGAAGAUCCACUUGGUUUACUCAAAUUCCCAAAACCGGUCAAACCGACAUCAAUUUCGGAAAGCUGUCAAACAAUUCAAUUUGGUCCGACCCAAACCUAUUUGUGGAAACCAGGAGAUACUCUUAGCCAACCAGAAGACAUCCAAGACUUUAUACCAUGCACCAGCAGCCAGAGGAUCAGAUGGAUUCUUUUGCAAUCACACUUACCAUAUUUGGAGCAAACCGACAUUAAUGUCCAACAGCUCUUUUCUGUUCAAACCAGGAACGUGAUCAGCUCCUAUCCAGCCAUGAAGAAGAUUCCCAGGAUGCUUUCCUAUCCUCUUAAACCAUCCAGGUUCAAGAAAACAUCCAGAUACAACAUCAGAUCAAGUUUCCCCUUUGAAGAGAGCAUAAAUCUAGCUAAAGGCUAUUUCUUUGGAGCCAUCAAAGCCUUUGCUUCCAAGACUUUUAUUUCAAGUUUAUUUCUUUCCUUUAGUCAUUUUUAGACUGUUAGAGAGUCCCAAGGUCGAGCCUAUAUAAGCUCAGUAGUUGUCUUUGUAAUAAUCACCCAUCUUUGAAAGUAAUAUGAAUUAUUCAGUUUUCUAGUUUUCUUAAAAACUAUUGUUUCAAGUCUUUAGAGUUUGUGAGAAGCAGCUCCAGAGCACCUUGACUUAUCAAGACUCCUUUCCAUAGUGUCUUGUGGCGUCCUCAAUCCCCCAUCAUUUCCAUCUACUGAUUUGCCUUGAGAGAGACUUCAGUCCAGCAAGCAAAUCCCAUAUCUAUCCAUCUUCCAUCCAUUGAUCUUGUUGAGAGUGACUUCAGUCCAGCAACAAAGAUCCCAUCUCCAUCAAUCUAUCCCUUUUCUAUUUGCUUUUAUUCUUAUUAUCAUUCUGAUUCAUAUUCAUAUUUGCUUCUGUUUGCAUCAUAAAUAUGUAAAACUCAUAAAAAGGUUCACUCUUUGUUUCAGGUACCAAUCCGAACUAUUGGACUAAACCUCAGUUCCAUAUUUCCGGAAGGCCUGACCCUGUGCCCACAACAUUUUAAAAUGAUACAGGCUGAGAAUCUCACUCUAGCUUUUCUCACAAGAAAUCAAAACCUACGGCUUAAAUGAAAUGAAGAUCGCCACUCAAAGAUGUGAAAGGCUUUGAGAUAAGAUCAAGACCCAGCACCUAAGUGAAUCUCACACAAAGAUAAAGGUUCCACACUUGUAUCCUAAGAAAGCUUCUCACAUAACUUAGAAUUAACAAGAACAAGCAUAAAAGCUCUCAAGAGAAAAUCUCACUUUUUAUUCAAUACUCAAGUCUGCCUUUACAAUGAAUGGAGAGGAGCUUUAUAUAUAGCUCUUGGACAAAAUCAAAGACAUAAAUGAAAGGCGGAUUUCUAGGACAAAUCAUAAUUAAAAGACAAUCAAAAUGCUGGUCAAAAGGGCUGAUCUCAAGGGAUUGAGAUUUGCUUAUUAAGAAGAUGAUGACCACGCCUUUAAUACCAUUGAUCCACAUAUUUAUUAGCUGAUAAGGAGGCUUAAGUGGUGGCCUUUGUUUGGGAACAGCCAGCUGAGUCAAACAAACCACAUGCUUGAUGGUGUCUAGGUUCAUUCGAGUCCAAACAUGGAAAGUUUUGUCUACUUUAGGAGCUGUGGAUUUCAUGGCCGCAUCAUUCCCUCCCCUUUGUAAAAGUUUUGUCCUCAAAACUUGCUCAUGUGAUAUAGGGAUGUACCUCGGAUUUUGCUGGACCUCUUCAGAUGGAUCAAGCGGUUCGGGCUCUUUGUUUUCAUGCUCAAUUUGGGCCGUCUGUUGGGCCAACUCCUCCAAACAAUUGCAUGAGUGUCCUUGUAUGUGGAAACAUAUCUCAUUUUUUUAGCCCAUAAGCAAACUGGUCCAUGAUAUCCUCAUUCCUUACUCCUGGAUUGAGCCGAAUGCGAAGAUGGUUGAAUUGCUUGUGGUACUCCAUGACCGUCUUAUCAUCUUGGCAAAGCGUGCGAAAUUGCCUCCGGAUUUCUUGAUACUGAUCGUGUGGGAUGUAUUGCUUCCUCAUCAUAUUUUUCAUCUCACCCCAAGUAUAUUCUCGAGAAUUCCAGCGACGGCCUCCUUUUGCAGUAGAUUGUCUCCACCAGAGUUGAGCUAGGUCGAUGAGUUGAUCAGCAGCAAUGUAUACCUUCUCGAAAUCUGGACAGCGGCAAGAAAUGAAGAACUCAUUCAUCUUGUGCUCCCAUUCAAAGUACUCAUCUGGGCCUGAUCUUCCUGCAAAAUAAUAAUCUUCUUGCUUCAAAAGACUCCAAGGAUGGUCGGCC